AUGGCUCGGAUGCUUCUCACUUCAAGCCAGGUGCAAGUCAUCGCAUCCUGCUUCGUGGUUGCACUCUUCAUCAGCGGGUACAUUAUACAGCAAAGAACUGUCAGCCAGCUCCGCUCGGCAAUCAAACCACGCGCUGAAAUACGUCCAUCGCCAAAGGUCUAUCUCCCAGAGAAGUUCCAGGUACGCACCAAGGAGCUUGAGGAUGGCCGUGUCAUCGACAUAGAUACAGAAGCCGACAUUGAAGUCCGGCGACAACGUCUGUUAGUGGAAAUCAAGGAAUCAAAGCCCAUUGUGGACAUCGAGGGAGAUGCUACGUUGCAGAGAAACAUUGAGAUUAUAAAGCAGCUGCAGGCCAAGGUGGUGGACAAGAUGUCGACGCCUGAAGGUCAUGUUGAAGCGCCGGUCGCGAACCACAAACCUGUCAGCAAGGCGAAGAGAAGAAAAAUGAUUAAGCAAGAGCUUCAAAAGUCAGCGCAGGCUGAAGAUGGGCUUUACUACCAACGCAGGAUGUGGUAA